AAUUAUCAGGUUCAUCUACCGCAAAGCGCCUAACACCUCCAAUGUACGUCAUUUAACGAUGAUGGAUGUAGGGGGUGUGUCAGUAGGUGGGCAGGAGUGACAACCAGUAUUAUGGUAGGAGUAAUGCGUGUGUCUGAUAGUUGCACUAAUCACGCAUAGCAGACGACCCGACCUGUGUGACGCGACCUUCAACCUUGAUAUAAUGAGGUCAGGGGCGUGUGGAGAUUUUUUAAAGCAAUUUUUUUUUAAUGUCUGCAACUGGUGUGGUCCUGAAAUGAAAAACGUGCAGUUCCCAACCUGCUGCUGCAAGCAAGCCUGUUUUGUGUUUAAAGACAGUUUAGCAAACAUCUGAGCGGUCAUAGUGUGUAUUUUUCGUGUCAACCGCUGAAAACCUCCCACAACGCACCGCUUUCUUUGUUCGGCCCCUACUACGCGCUUCCCUGCUAGGUCAUGCUAUUUUUAGCUGCGGCUUUCCGAAAGGCGCCGGGCGUGCGAGUCGCGAGAAAGGUUGUCGAUGUGUAGCACAUGUCCGCACGCAGGCCUUAGAACCACAGCAGUGUAACCAAAAUACACAGUUUCGUGCACAAAAUGUUAGCAUCGUAUCCUACAGCCAUCUUCAUCGACAGGAGCUGAAAAGCAUCGCCUUAUGCACAUCCGGCUCGAACAUGGAGUUAUUCUCCCUCACAGCAAAGUCUCGUCGCUUGGUGGCGCGCAUUCUCAAAUCUCGUACUGAGGUAUUCUGGGUAAAACGUCAACGCCAUAUUGGUUACAUUUACAGGAGUUGCAUGCGUUUUCUACAUAUUUGGCUUCAUCCAGCCUUAUAAAGGUGAUGGCGGGUCGCUGAGGCUGCUCUCGUGUUCACGAUGAUGGAGUCGCCGCCUACAUCCCUCUCCUCGCCUGCUGUCAGUGCGGUGAACACAGCAGCUAAGCUUCAGAUCACACCGGAAGGAGGAUUGCGAUUGGUGACGGACAAAGAUGUGCUGGGCAAAGAGGGCAGCGCCAAUGGCCAGCAACAGCAGCAACAGCAGCAGCAGUUCUUCGCCACGCGCACACAGGACGGCAAGUGGAACCUUUUGAUGGCACCCACUUCUGACCCCUCGCGACUUUUUCUGGUGCAGCCAGCUGGUGGACAACGCUUCCAGGUGGCCACGUCACCCUCGGCAGGCGCCACUCUGCGGUCUGGAGCUCGUCGACUGGACAUGCCGGCACGGCGGAGCAGCGCUAGCACCUCCAGCAACGGCAGCAGCAGCAAGGACAAGCAGGACAAACACGCAGGUCACGCCCUGCCGCAGCAGGACUCCGUCGUCAUCCCUGUGCCACAGCUAAGGGCCACCUCCGCAAGUCUCUCCACUAUCGCGGCGCCGAGGAUGUCUGCGGCAGCGGCAUCGUCGCCCUCCAGCAAGCCCGUAGCUGUCAUGCGCAUGGCUACCUUACCUAGACUAGCAUCUACUGGAAAACAUAUGGCAGUUGCUCCGCUGAACAAGUCGUCCGCCGCAGCCCGGCUGUCCCUUAGCGCUGGGGAAGGAAACUCUUCCAGCUCCAAAAGUGGCGGUGGCAAGGGAUCUCGGGGCUGCACGAGGAUGGCUGUAGCGAGCUCGGGAAAUCGCUCCAAGGUGGUGUUGGUCGACUCUGCCACGCUUGAGAAAGCCAACAGAAAGGCAUUCGGUGGAGAGGUGGGGCUAAACGUCGCCGUCCCCACAUCGGUCGUGCAGGCAGUGCCAGAUGGCUUCUCCAAAGGCUCAGGUGCGUCACCUGACAAAGCCAGUCCUCCGAGCCUGACCUCAGUCGCGGGUUCCUCCACGGCUCCCCCGGCCGCCACCAUCACAGCUGUAACCACUAUCACCACCACGACUGUAACCACAACCACGACAGCCGCCACCACAACGAGCACCGUCGUGACUACUUCCACCACUGAUGCGUCUGUUAUACCAAGGUCAAGGACGCCCUCGUCCGUUGCAAGUUGUGAAGCACAGACUUCGUCAGCAUCUCUCAACCUUAUCACGUCAGCGCCGCCAGUGGAGAAGAUCUCGCAAGUGAAUGGUGGUAAACCCGCUACCUGCCUGGUUAGGGAAACAGAACGAGACAGAUAUUCACUUUUAGACAACACAGAUAACAGUGCCCAGUGUCAGGCAACGGAUGUCGCCGAUUGGGUGGAAAAGCCGCAGAACAAAGUGACAGAGAACCCUGGCAGAGCGGUUGACGAUGAGGCUGAAUCACGGCCAUCAGACUCCCUUUCGGCCGCCGCUGAUAUUGGGAGUAUGGAGUACAACAGUGAAAGAAAAGAAGCAGCGGACAGUACAGAACCGGGCAGUCCUCAGGCAAAUAGUGACGAAGCAGUUGCGAAAAAAGUGCAGGACGCUAGUGGCGUUGACCGUAUAAAUGUCCCCUUCAUGGGCAGGAAACACGGGAGAGCUCAGAACGGACGCACUGACCUUCGUGAAAAUGACACUUGUGGAAGUGACAUGUGUGUUGCAAGUGAGCCCACGCCUUUGGUUGACAAAAAGGGGGAUGACUGCAUUGAGAAAUAUAAGGGAAAGAGAAAGAAAAAAAGAAUCAAAGAAAUGACCGACAAACCUCUGCACAGAAGACUUAGAGAACGGGCCAAAACGUGCAGUGGCUCCUCCGACCUGAAGAAGGAUCAGGCUGGCCCUUCGGACAAGCCUAACGCAGAGGAGACUACUCCUCUACCGGCAAAAACAUUUACCUCAGGUAGCCCCGUGGACAAUGCUGAGUGGAUGACAAGUGAUGUUGGAGACACGAAAUGGGCUAAUUCUUGGGAGAAACCAGUUCAAUGCACCUCGGCUUUCGUGGUGCUGGAGAGGCUGAACAACAGGGACAUUGCCUUCUUGUGCCGCAAAUUUCGCAACGCACGCGUACGUUCGCGCUGCUCCAGACUCUGUCGACUGCAGACUCUGCAUUGCCUGUGCAGCCUCGGUCUGUUGAAGUGCGAAGACCGACUUUUGGGCACAACACCCGGACAGCCACCCAAACUGCUGGCCUUGCCGGCACCAGUGAGCUCUGUGAGCAAUGUGGUGCAGGACAGUUCCACGGAGAGCUGCAGCGGCAUAAGUGGGGAGGAGCUCGAGGGCGACGUAACCAAAGGCAAGACAAAGAGGACAAAAAAAAGGCAGUUAAGAGAUACGAGCAAGAAGAAAAGCAAGACAGCGGAUAGUCCCCUGGGUCCCCCUGCAAGCUCCAAGGCGCCGAGUACCGAGAGCUCUGCUGAACCAGCCGUAGCGACGGUCUCUACGUCUAUGGAGUCAAUGAGCUCAACCAACAAGACAAGCAGUGCCACCCAGCCUAUCACCGGUCACUUUGUGAUAGCCCCCGCUUUCUCUCGUCCCAUUCUGCAAGUGACCACCGCCUCAUCUGUGCAGGACACAGUGAUGCCUACAGGGACUAUUCUGGUAUCUUCCGCGCCCACCACACUACUGCCAUCGUCCGUUUCACUGAAGCAGGCCACGCGCAAUUCGCUUUCGCAAGCCAUUUCCAAGUCGCUUGCCAAGAGCUCCGGGCAGGCGAACACAGUAGUAGGUGGGGGCGACCAGGUUUCGGCAAGCCUUACGCAAGUACCUCCAAGUGUUUCCUCGCUCUCCUCUUCGGGCCAGCAGAUGAUCUUCAACCCGAACACCUCUUCGAGUGUUGCCAAAACGUCACCGAACAGACGCCUGGGAGCGGUCGGUGCUUUAAGUGUUUUGCCAGCCCUGGCAGCCAAGCCCACACUCAGAGUGCCUCGUCCCAUCAGACCGCCACCGCCCCCACCCACUUCCAGCACGACGUCCUUACCGUCGAGCAAGGUGAUCGUCAGUUCCACCAACACCGUCAACAAGCAGUUCUACCUCGUACAGAUCGGCGACAAAAGGCUGCUGGUGCCCGUCACCACGGGUGCGACUACGGCCACCUCCGCGUCUGCGAUCAUGACCACCUCAACCACCACUUCUUCGGCAGCGACGUCUGCAACCGUUUCAGUGCCUGUUUGUCUGACCUCUCCUUCCUCCAUCCCUUCUGUGGUCAGCAAGUCAGCCUCGGCCCUUCGACCUACUGUUGUGCUGGCAGCCAGCAAGUCAGGAGAAGAGGGAAGAGCAGCUAUUACGCCACCGCCACCCCCACCGCUGCCGCUGCCGCAAACUCUGAGGCCGUUGUCAGCGGUGCCAGCCCUCCUACCAGCCAAGACCUCACUCACCGCUUGCGCUAUUGCCCCCAAGCCGGCCAACAAAGCAUGGAGUGGGCCUCGCACUAUGGCCAGUGGCGAUAACCGCGUCAUUCUAGUGCCGGUGAACAAUGUGCCCUCGCUGUUGCCCCGAGGAUUGGGCCUAAGCACGAGCAGCAGUUCUGUUGUGCGGCGCGUCAACAUCCUAGGGACACCGACCGGCUCUUCCUUGGCCGCUGCCCUGCGGCCACUCGGCACCACCUCCUUGCUGAAAGCCUGGGCCGCGUCCAGUCUGACGCAGCUCCGGCCCCCGGCCGUCCCAGGCACCACCAGCGGUAAGCGCCCCCCUCCUAUGACGGAGGCCGAGCGGCUGGCCAAACGCGCCCGUCUGGAGAAGAAGUACCCCCUCCCCCCCGGGGUCGUCAUCAAGACGGAACCUGAGAGCCAUGGCUACGGUGAUGAGGCGGUAGUCACGACAGCCAGCAGCAACACUUGCAUUAUUCGCAUUGCUUCUAACACUAGUAUCGCUGGUGGUGCAAGGCCUGUAGGAGGAGCAGCGGGCGUGCCGUCUCAGGGCAUCCGAGUUGGGACGCCCAUCAUCAUUCGAAGUGGCUCGUUGUCGGGCCCGGCUGGGCAGGGGGCCAUCCUGACCUUCAUGCCAGCCGUUGUGGCGUCGGACGCAGCUCAAAGGAGUGCGGGGACUGGUGCUGCUGCAGUUACCACCACCACCGCUGCUAGAACCUCCACGACUACUACCACGGAAUCCUUGUCGCAGUCAGCGGCCUCUAUCGUUACCUCUUCCAUCUCCUCGACCGGCACCACCAUAUCCACAACGAAGAGUGCCACGUCGCAGACGAGUGUUCCAGUAACGAUAACAGCCGUGACUGGACUUACCCAGUCAGAGCCUGUCUCAUCGCAUGCCUCCUCGUCGUCGACAUUGCUAACAACGUUAGUUUUGCCCACGUCGUCCUCGGUCUCGCCGUCGAUUCCUCUGGCAUCCAAAACCGCUACCCCUGCACCACCUUCCACUCCCGAGACGAUCCCAUCGUCAGUUGGCGAACCUCCCUCGUCGUCGUCUGUCUUAUCGCCUGCAGCAGCGCCCUCUUCUCCAGAGUCCGGCGGCACGGCUGCCCAGUCGUCUACCUCAUCUUCGCUGACCGUGACUAUGACCUUGCCCUCGCCUGCCCCUUCACCUCUGGCCUCGCUGGGGGCCAUGUGGAUGCGGCAGGCGGCCGACGCUCCCGACAACCUGCCCCACAUCGACGCCAGCUCGCUGAAGGGGGAACGCGUGCGGCGUCUCCGCGAGACGCUGGACAAGCAGCUACAGAACCUGGGGGACGAGCGCAAGCAGCGAGCGCUACAAGCCCUCCACAAACAGCUGUGCGUCGACGAUUGAGGCGCUCGUGCGUUCCUCAGUGUGUGUGAGAGUGUGUGUGACAGAGACAGGUCACUUCCUGGUCAAUAAUUAGCUGUGAUGUCUAUUUUUAAAAUCAGAGUGCACAUUCGCCCAAUAAUAACUCUUGUUAACACGUGGCGCCAUGUGGUAGAUGAGAGCGUUGCUGUUACAUACUUUUACCUUUGACUUGACACAUCUUUAUAAACUCUCUCGCACUUACUGCUUUGUUCGUGUGUUUGAGAACGUGUGUAGAUAUAUAUAUAGAUCAGGGUCUUUUUGCUCUACGUCUUUAAAUAUUUGAAUAGUAUCGAUCUCUCUGUAAAGUGACUGGACAGCUUGAAGUAGUUAAAUUUAAGAGCUGUUUUUGUGGUUUCUCUUCGUUGGCAAGGAAUAUCAAACCUAACUGCUGGUACAAAUUUUGAGGUUUGUUUUGCCGAAAGGAGACUGUGUGUGUAUGAGUGUAAGUAAUGACAUUUCAUUAUGAUAUUUUAGAGGCGACGCCACCUGGAGUAAUCUUAAUGGCAGGUAUUGAGAAAACAAAGUUUAGCUGCCUGUCUGAAUAGCGAAACGCAGGUGAUUUCGCAGCGGCUAUUUUCACGAGGCGUUUUAACACGAUGUCAAGGGAGUCUCGGCAGCUUUAUCAGCAUCAGCUACGGUAUAAACCAUUAUUAUUUUUGUGUCUUUUUCUGUCACCACGUGGAGCACAUCAUGCUUAUGAAUAAUACUGUUGUUUUAGAAAAUGGAAAUGAAAAGAUUUAUAGAAAACGGUAAGGGCGAGACAAAGCAGGUAUCAAGUUGAGGGACCAAACGCUAUGCUUAAUCAACAUCUCAAAAUAUGUAGUCAAACAGGUCGGAUACAGAUAAUGAACCAUGUUACUAUUAUAUACAUGUAAAAUUCAAGUUUACUUUUAUAGAACUAAUUUUAACGUUGAAAGAACUUUAUAGAAACUCAACAGCUUUCGUUUUUUUGUUUUUUUUUUAAAGUGUAGUAAUAUCAAUCACUGUAAGUAUUUAUAACUGCAAAUGAUGCAGCAGUAUUUUAGGGUUGUUUUUUUUUUUUUUUGGUAUUUUUUUUUUAAGCGGGAGGCAUUAUCAGAUAGACAUGAACGAUAAGGUAAACUUGGGUAGAAGCUUGCUCGUUCCUAUCCUUCACUGCAUCUUCUAGAGUACUAUUAGUGUUACACAGGGUUUUCUAGUCGAGUGUUUGGAUUGUGAAACGGCACCGAGAUUAGGGAGGUUUCCUUCGGACGGUCUCAGGAGUUUAGUGCCGGUGGGACCAGAUAAAUGUGGUCAAGCCAUCCAUUGUUUGUAUGAACAAGAGUCGACGUUGAGUUUAGUGAAAUGGAGACGAAAGGCCUCUUGACCAACGGGUUAUAGGUUACAGAUGACAGGGGCAGGGAUUUGGUGUCGAGGCGUACAUUUGUCACAAGAUAUCGUUGACAGCGGAAGUAUAUGUGGCAGCUGGACUAACGUUUCAGGAAGCAAUGCAGACCACUGGCAUUGAGUAUAGAGAAGAAAAAAACGUCCUUCUUGCUGAGAAUGAACAAGAUGCAAUAAAAGAUCGAUUUGUCUUGACCGCCAGCACGCUUGCGUCGUGGCAGGAAUCAAAUAUUUCUUUGUCUUUCAAAUUUGGGUUUAGCGAAAACAUUAAAGUCGGGCUCGCUUUUUAUGAUAAGAAUCUGUUCAACAUUUUUACAGUUUCGGUUAUGACAUUUAUCUUUUUUUACAAAAACGUGUUUAUGUUUAGCCCUCAGGUACAUUGUUGAUUGAUUCUCCCAUUUGAAAAAAAAAUUACCACAUGUCGGUUAAUGCUAUAAAAGGUUCCAAAGCUAUCUUGCAAUAAAUGAUACGUCUUUAUUACUGAGCCACAUUGGCUUGUGUGCAUGGACAUGGGGGACGAGGCAUAUUCAGGCAAUAUUAAGAAAGUAGUUCGUUUAAAGUUUGAGUGGCAACAAAUAUGCUUUAUAAUUUAUAUACUUUAUAUAAUAUACUAAUGUUGACCAGAUCUGCACUUGUGCGUAUGCGAGUGUGUAAAGCAGACUUUAUAUCUCCCUUUUUAUUUUUAACGGUUGAUUCAUUUUUAAAUAAAAUAAUUCACUUUUUUGCAUUAGAGUUUAAUGACAAACGUCAAAUCAAAAUUAUGUGCAGUGUGUGCUAAAAUAUUGCUUAGAGGUGAGCUGUAGAGAACCUGGAGACUUGCUUGAAUAUCUCGUGUUAAAGUCCAUUUAAUGUUCUGGUGCUUGUUGAUGCUAGAAAUCUACCAUUGGAUUCCUAUAUAAUGUGUAUAUAUAUGUAUGUACUAUUUUUCACAACAUUCAGUUUACUUUUGCCAAAUAGGGCCCAUGAAUCGGCUUUCUGCACAGCCGGUGCUUAGUUUCAAAAAUGCCAGGAGUGGAGGUUUGCUAUAAGAAAAAGACAUUUAGCUCAGGAAAAAUGUAAUUUUCGCCCGUUUUACGACAUAGAAACAUUGGGAAAAGUGUGAAGACCAUCGAAAUGAUGUCUUGAAGUGAAGGGGCUUGAGAGGCAAAAAUUGUGAUUUCGCUCUUUUGGAUGGAACCUUUGGAAUAGUUUAACCUUCGCAGGUCAAAGCCAGUUCCUUGUGCUGUAGUAUGCUUGCAAUAAACUUGUGUGAACUUCGCGUGUUUUUAUUUCGACAGUUCACUUAUUACCCCCAUGUUGAUGCCCAGAUCAUACGAGACGUGUUUGUAGUAAUUGCUGCAAAUAUUCUUUCUUUUACAUGUCAACCAAUGAUGAAAGCAACUUGAAAUAAAAACAGAAGAAUUG